CAUGGCCACCACCACGUACCAAGUGGUUGGCUUCCUCCUGUCCAUGCUGGGGCUGGCGGGCUGCAUCGCCGCCACGGCCAUGGACAUGUGGAGCACCCAGGACCUGUACGACAACCCUGUGACCUCCGUGUUCCAGUACGAAGGGCUCUGGAGGAGCUGCGUGCGGCAGAGCUCAGGGUUCACCGAGUGCCGGCCCUACUUCACCAUUCUGGGCCUUCCAGCCAUGCUGCAGGCAGUGCGGGCCCUAAUGGUUGUGGGCAUCGUCCUGGGUGCUUUCGGCAUCCUAGUGUCCAUCUUUGCCCUGAAAUGCAUUCGUAUUGGCAGCAUGGAGGACUCUGCCAAGGCCAACAUGACACUGACCUCCGGGAUCAUAUUCAUCAUCUCAGGUCUGUGUGCCAUUAUCGGAGUGUCCGUCUUUGCCAACAUGCUGGUCACUAACUUCUGGAUGUCCUCAGCUAACAUGUACACUGGGAUGGGAGGAAUGGUGCAGACAGUUCAGACCAGGUACACCUUUGGAGCAGCUCUGUUCGUGGGCUGGGUGGCUGGAGGUCUCACCUUGAUCGGAGGUGUGAUGAUGUGCAUUGCCUGCCGGGGCCUGGCACCUGAUAAUACCAACUACAAAGCUGUGUCUUAUCACGCCUCGGGUCACAAUGUGGCCUACAAGCCUGGAGGCUUCAAGGCCAGCACCGGCUUUGGGUCCAACACCAAAAACAAGAGGAUAUAUGAUGGAGGUGCCCGUGGAGAGGAUGAAGUGCAGUCUCAGCCUUCCAAGUACGACUACGUGUAGCAUUCCAAGACCCCUCGGCUUAGGCAGAAGAAACACCCCCCAAGAGAGCUCAGCCAAAGCCUAUGGACGUCCCACCAUUUAAAGGAGAGUUGAGAAGGGGCAGAUACGUGCACUACCUGCAGCCCGUCGUCUAGAUUUUCUCACCUGUGACCUUAAUCCAUGUGGUUCUCAGUUGGAGGCAGCCAGGCCCUUCUGCUAACUCCUGAGCUCCCCACCAACAUCUUACUUCUACGGGAACAAUUGCUGCAUUGUCCCCGUAGAAGUAAGACAAUGAUCAUUUUUAGCUCUCUACAUAGUUAGAAUAGCGAUAGGUUAAAAACGAAACAGUCUCUGAAUUAGUCUCACCCUUGCACUUUGAGCAAGGAAAAUGGAAAAACAGUUGUUUUGAUAUUGUCUGUGUUGUAAUUUGUAACAUGAAAAGAUCUUGGACCCUGAUUCCUCUCCUGGAGGUGCCCCUGACUCCAAUGGCACAUGUCUAAACAGCACAACUCAGGUAAAAAGAAAAAAUAAUGGUGAACCACAUCAAGUUCUGGAAAACAGGUCAGAAUCUGUUCUUCAAGUGGGGAGCAGCCUCCACGUGGCCCCUGCCCACACGUAAAGGCCACAGGUGUUGCUAGCUGACAGCAGAUGCUGUGGUCACUCGUUACCCCGAGAGCACGUCAUCCAAACCGCGUGGCUGGCCUGUGGGUUGGUCCAGCAGACCUGAGAGCUUUGCAAUCACACACCUUCCCUCUGCUCACACCCCUGUCCUCCUGAGCAGAAAGACAAAAGCCCUCUUGCAGAAUACCAGAAUUCCACCAGAAUUUCCACAGCAAAGCCAGAGUAGGCCCGCUAAGACGCUUACAGAAGGGAAACCUACAAAAAAAUACCAAAUCAAGGGCAGCUUUGGUGCUGGGGCAUCUGGCCAUAGGGUUACCACUUAGGGGAAAACGCCCAGGCAUCGCUGGUGCACGUGAACGUGCCCUUGGAGGUCACCGGGCACAAUGAGCUCUCCCUCCCACCACCGGUGUGAAGCCAUGAGGUGAUGCCGAGCUGGGUUUUUAAUUAACCAUAUCCCCUGACCAACACACAAAUGUAGAUUUUGCCUUGUCAUUUCUAGAUUUUGCUCUUAUUUUGUGUACAUCGAGUGUUGAGCUGUGUUUUGUUACCUAAAUAUUAAAAAAAGAAGAAGAA